AAUCGCUUAUCAUGUGUUGAGGUUUUUUCAAACAAACCAUCAAGCCAGACUCUCAUAAUUGAGAAAGUAUUUAUUUAAAUAUGUGAUUGAUUUCUUUAUUCUUAAAGUGUAACUGUAAUUAAAUUAAUAAUUUGCUAGAUUUGUGAGUAUAAUCUCCAGUCAACCAUGGAACAAGUAGAAGAAGAAGAGUUGAAAAAAUUGGAAUAUCUUUCUUUGGUUACUAAAGUUUGCUCUGAGCUGGAAAAUCAUUUAGGAAUUAAUGACCAGGAUCUUGCUGAAUUUAUCAUUGCUUUGGCGGAAAAGAAUGAUACUUUUGAUAAAUUUAAAGCGGCUCUUAAAGAAAAUGAUGCUGAUUUCACCGAUUCUUUCAUUGCUAAUCUUCUCAGGAUUAUUCAAAGAAUGAAGCCUAAAAAGAAGGUUGCGGAAGAUAGACCUGCUAUUGAAGCAACAUCUAAAGAUGAUCUAGCCAUUAAAAGAGUGCUCUACCCAUUUCUAGCGUUACCUAAUGAUCCAAAUGUGCGUGAAAAGCUAUUGGAUGAUAUUAAAAAAGAUGUAAAUGAAGACUUUAAAGCAUUGGAAUCCCUGGAGCCAUCAAAAUUUGUGAAGAAGAAUAAGGAAGAGGAUGAAAUAGAUGAUACUAUGGCUGCACUCCAAUCUCUAGCGUCUGUAUCUGAUAAACCUAAAAGUGAAUCCCAUUCUCAUAGUAGCCAUCGUAAGAGGAGCCGAAGAAGUAGAAGUCGUGACCGAAGUAAAGACAGAUCCCAUCGUCAUAGAUCAUCAUCGAGAUCGAGGCGUGAAGGCAAAUCGAGACAUAAAUCAAAAAGCAGAUCAAGAAGUAGAUCAAGACAUCGAAGUCCUCACCGUUCUAGAAGACGAGAUCAUGAAUCUUCUCGACAUAGGAGCUCAAGUCGCAGUCAAUCACGCGAUAGACACCGUCGACAUCGAAGUAAAAGUAGAAGUCCAAGUAGGAGUAGAAGUCAAAGUGUUGAACGUAGUUUAAGAAAAUUAGUUAAUAGUAGACCUCCGAAAGAAAAAAAGUUACCACUUGAACCAGAAGUUGGUGCUAUUUAUGAUGGAAAGGUAACUAAUAUCAUGAAAUUCGGCUGUUUUGUUCAAUUGGAAGGACUUAAAAAACGAUGGGAAGGUUUGGUUCAUAUAUCUCAACUCAGACGAGAAGGCCGAGUAAAUGAUGUCAGUGAUGUUGUUUCACGCGGACAAAAAGUAAAAGUUAAAGUUCUCUCUUUCAAUGGACAGAAGACAAGCUUAUCCAUCAGAGACGUCAAUCAAGAAACUGGAGAAGAUUUGUGUAAAAAUAUGUUUAUCAAAAGGCCUGGUGAUAUUGACGAAGCUGAUGAUACGGUGGCCAGAAAUCCUGAUAGGCCAGAUAUGUUACCCUUAGAAGUUGAUCGUCCAGACGCUGAAGAUGUAGAUAGUCGAAGACGAAUUGUUCAGCGAAUAUCUUCACCCGAAAAGUGGGAACUGACUCAAAUGCUACACGCUAAUGCGAUUGACAAAUCAAGUCUUCCAGAUUUUGAUGAAAUCACUGGUCUUCUACCCAAACCAGAAGAAGAUGAUGAUGAAGAUAUUGAAGUAGAAAUUGUUGAGGAAGAGCCUCCUUUUCUUCGAGGUCAUGGACGAGCUUCUACUAUGGAUUUAAGUCCAGUCAGAAUAGUCAAAAAUCCCGAUGGAUCACUUGCUCAAGCAGCUAUGAUGCAAUCAGCACUAGCCAAGGAACGUCGAGAGUUGAAACAACAAGCACGAGAAGCAGAAGGUGAAAGUGCACCCACUGGUUUGAAUAAAAGCUGGAUUGAUCCUAUGGCACAAGAUGAGUUACGAGAACUGGCAGCUAAUGCUAGAACUUCAAACUCUGUUCCACAAGAACUUCCUGAAUGGAAAAAACAUAUAAGUGGUGGAUCUAAAGCUUCAUAUGGUAAAAAAACUCAAAUGUCCAUUAUUGAACAACGAGCCAGUCUACCUAUUUAUAAAUUGAAGGACCAAUUGGUAAAAGCUGUUAAUGACAAUCAAAUUCUUAUCGUUAUUGGUGAAACUGGAUCUGGUAAAACGACUCAAAUAACACAAUACCUUUCCGAUGCAGGAUACACUAUGCGGGGUAAAAUUGGCUGCACACAGCCUAGAAGAGUAGCAGCAAUGUCAGUUGCUAAGCGUGUUGCUGAAGAAUUUGGUUGUCGAUUGGGCCAAGAAGUCGGUUACACUAUUCGUUUUGAAGAUUGUACAAGUCCAGAAACUGUUAUUAAGUACAUGACGGAUGGUAUGUUGCUUCGAGAAUGUCUUAUUGACCCUGAUUUGAAUGCUUAUUCAAUUAUUAUGUUGGAUGAGGCCCAUGAAAGAACCAUUCAUACCGAUGUAUUAUUUGGAUUACUCAAGCAAGCCGUUAAAAAGCGACCCGGACUAAAAUUGAUUGUAACCUCAGCUACUCUUGAUGCUGUCAAAUUUUCUCAAUACUUCUUUGAAGCUCCAAUUUUCACAAUUCCUGGCCGAUCUUACCCAGUUGAAAUUUUGUACACCAAAGAGCCGGAAACAGAUUAUCUAGACGCUUCACUUAUUACUGUGAUGCAAAUACACUUGACUGAACCUCCCGGAGACAUUUUACUUUUCCUUACAGGUCAAGAAGAGAUUGACACGGGAUGUGAAACACUCUACGAACGAAUGAAAUCUCUUGGACCUGAGAUACCGGAAUUAUUAAUAUUGCCAGUCUAUUCAGCUCUACCCAGUGAAAUGCAAUCUAGAAUCUUCGAGCCUGCUCCACCAGGAUCACGAAAAUGUAUAAUUGCUACUAAUAUUGCUGAGACAUCACUGACAAUUGACGGUAUUUUUUACGUAAUUGAUCCUGGUUUUGUGAAACAAAAUGUCUAUAAUCCCAAAACUGGUAUGGAUGCUUUGGUUGUAACUCCCAUUUCCCAAGCUCAAGCCAAACAACGAGCUGGACGUGCUGGCAGAACUGGACCUGGCAAAUGUUACAGACUAUACACAGAAAGAGCUUAUCGAGACGAAAUGUUGACAACUCCGGUGCCUGAAAUUCAACGAACUAAUUUAGCUUCAACUGUUUUACAACUUAAAGCUAUGGGAAUUAACGAUUUAUUAUCAUUUGAUUUCAUGGACGCUCCACCAACUGAAACAUUGAUCAUGGCUUUGGAACAGCUUCAUUCCCUUUCUGCUCUUGAUGAUGAAGGUUUACUCACAAGGCUUGGUAGACGAAUGGCUGAAUUUCCAUUAGAACCCAUGCUUUCCAAAAUGUUGAUUAUUUCUGUACAUUUAGGCUGUUCGGAUGAAAUUCUCACGAUUGUCUCAAUGCUUUCAGUCCAAAACGUUUUCUAUCGACCAAAGGAUAAACAAGCUUUGGCUGAUUCUAAAAAGGCUAAAUUUAAUCAAAUGGAAGGUGAUCAUUGUACAUUGCUUGCUGUUUUUAACUCUUGGAAAAACAACAAAUUUGCAAACGCUUGGUGUUAUGACAAUUUUGUUCAAAUUCGUACUCUUAAACGUGCUCAAGAUGUCCGUAAACAAUUGCUGGGUAUCAUGGAUCGACACAGCCUGGAUGUUGUUUCAUGUGGUCGCAACACAGCUCGAGUACAAAAGGCCAUUUGUUCUGGAUUUUUCAGGAAUGCUGCCAAAAAAGAUCCACAAGAAGGUUAUCGUACAUUAGUUGACAAUCAAGUUGUUUACAUUCAUCCAUCUAGUGCUUUGUUCAAUCGUCAACCCGAAUGGGUUGUUUAUCAUGAAUUAGUUUUAACUACUAAGGAAUACAUGAGAGAAGUAACUACCAUCGAUCCUAAAUGGUUAGUCGAGUUUGCAGCAUCAUUUUUCAAGUUUGCUGAUCCUACUAAAUUGAGUAAACAGAAGAAACAAUUAAGACUUGAACCAUUGUAUAAUAAAUAUGAAGAACCCAAUGCAUGGAGAAUAUCUAAAGUUCGUAGAAGACGGAACUAAGAACUUAAAUUGUUAUCUAAAUCAUAAUCAUCAUCACACUGAAAACAUAAACAUACCAUGUAUCUAUUAAAACCAAUUAUAUAUUAAACGUAAUUUGUAAAUCUUCAA